UCAAUUGGUUGGGAAGUUGUACAGUAGAUUAUUUCUCUGUCUCUCCUGUAUGCGUUCAGACUGGAUUGAUUUUUCACCAUCGACGAACACGCAUCUCGCACAUUCUCUCCGGACGGGAUCGCUACCACUUAUCAACGGGGAGGACCGUACAUGUAGAGUAAACUCGGAGCCGACUCGAUUCCGAGUGUCGAACGAUUCUCGGGCUGAUCAUAAAGAUCGUCCCUUCACAAACAAGUUCCUCGAAUCCUAUUCCUUCAGCUCUACUUUUUAACUAUAGUUUGCUAAUACUUCAUUGCAAAUAUCGAAUUUUAGCGGGAUAUCUUUGAUUGAUGAAUUUGGUUUGCGAAAUGCCCCAUCAUGCUGACCAAAACUAGGGUUUGUUUGGGGUUUUCGUCUAUACGACAAAGUUAGGGUUUUAGUUUGGGCUUCGUUUAUUUCGAGAUUAAUUGAGUGAUGUAUGAGGUAGUCGAAUCUUCAGCUGAGGAUAUUUGAUUUGGUUUGAUUUUGUGCUUUGCGAAGGAGUUGGCUUCUUUGUGUAGUUGGGUUUAUUGAAUUCAAUGAUAAAGUUUGGGUUUUUCACCUGGGUUCUAUAGAUGGUGACUAAUUGAGAUGUUCUUUUCUCUGCUGGUUGUUAUAAUGGUUUGGAAGUGUAGGGGAAUUUCAUGGGUUUUUCAGUUGUCUGAAACUAAGGGGUUAUGAUCUGCAGUGAUUCAAUUUUGUGAGGAAAUUGGGGGUUUGACUUGGGAUUGUACGAUAUGGCUGAGGAGUCGUCUGAUACAAUGAACCUUGAUUUGAAUCUGGGUCCUGGACCUGAGGCUGGCUCAGGAUCAAUGCCGGGUGAAGCUGUGAAUCUGGAUGACUGGGUUGAUCAACCGUUUAAUAGAAUUAGGGAGGCUGUUAGGCGUAGGGCUCGACAGCAAUGGCGAUGGAGACAUGUUCGAAUGUCACCUGAAGCGCAAAACCUAUCAAUGGAAUUGAGUCAAUUGAUGGGUAAUUCUGCCAAUAUGACCUCAUUACAUGCAGGUGAGGGCAGUGUUGCUGCUGAGGAUAGAACAACUGAGGUGCCCAAAAUGUGCGAAACCAACAAUGGGUUAUUGGAAGAUGAUGUGUCGGAGAAAAAGGAUGAUGUUGAAAAAAGUGUUGGAAAUGAUGGGAGCUUUUUUGAUUGCAAUAUAUGUUUGGAUUUGUCUAAGGAUCCCGUUGUAACUUGUUGUGGGCACUUGUUUUGUUGGUCAUGCCUUUAUCGGUGGCUGCAUGUGCAUUCAGAUGCGAAGGAGUGUCCUGUCUGCAAGGGAGAGGUGACCAUGAAGAAUGUUACCCCGAUAUAUGGUCGUGGGAGCAAUAAUCAUACCCUUGAGCCAGAGCAGGAUCCAAGUCUUAAAAUUCCUCUUAGGCCCAAUGCUCGACAAGUUGAGAGCUUGAGGCAAACCAUUCAGAGGAAUCCUUUUGGUUUCUCAGUGGAGGAGAUGAUUCGGCGACUUGGAAGUCGAUUUGACCUUGCAAGGGAUUUGACUCCUCCACAGGAUCCCAACAAUGCACACGAAACUGCAGAGCGAAUGGAUUCGUUACGCAACAGGUUGCUGAGUUCUAGAGGGAUGCACACGGAACAAAGUCCUGCUGCCCCACCCGAAGAAGUUGUAGAUUUAAUACAGAGUAGCUCAAAUGGCCCUGAGGCAGGACAAUCUUCACGCCUUCAGUCUGUAUUACUUCGAAGAACCCAAUCACAGUUGCAAAGAGCUACAACAGCCUCCUCUCUAUCCACUGCUUUGAAUUCUGCUGAAAGAUUGGUUGAAGCUUAUUUUCGAAGCAAUACUGUUGCUAGACAUCAAGAGCAGCCUCAACCAGUUGACGACAGAGAUUCUUUCUCAAGCAUAGCUGCUGUUAUAAACUCAGAGUCACAAAUUGACACUGCAAUGGAAAUCGACUCUUUGGUAACCCUUUCGACUUCAUCUUCUAGAAGAAGAAAUGAAGCUUCAAGGGUUUCAGAUGUGGACAGCGGGGAUUCUCGCGCUCCUAGAAGGAGACGGUUGAACUAGCAAUAAUUUUUCUACAUAAUCUCAUUCUAUGAUAAUCAACCCCCAUGCUCAAAGUAUGUAACAUUCGAAGAACAGUUGAGACCGAUGACUCGGUUUGUAUUCAUAAAUCUUACUACAAUUUAUGACUUUUAUGUUACAUUGAUUCGAUUUCAUUAUGUCGCUUUACAAGUUUAAAGCUUUUCUGUAUACCAUAUGGUUUAAUGUAUCAUCGUCCUCAUGUUUAAAGCUGCGCUGUAAGGUUUUUUCUU